UACCUGAAGAGACAUCAUUACCUACAUUUAAGACCAGAUUAGUAAAUAUACUGUCUAAUACCCUCAAAAGCACAUUGAAAUUCAGGAUCAAGCAUAUUAGCACUUUUUCACUUCAAGUUCGUGAAGUUGGUAUUAGCACCGCUUCUGAUGACCUAAAUCCUACAUAUUAUUAUCGCAAAGUAGCCUGUGAAAAAAAAUUACCUCUUUUAAGCUGGGCAGUACUAAGUAAUUAUUUAUACAAAUACAAAGGAAAUGCAUCAGCAAAUAUUUAUUCAUUCCAAGUAUCUGUGAACAAUUACAAUCCAAUCA